GCAAGCGGAUCGUGUGUCACUAUAACAGAAGGACAUAAUCAGCGCGGUAAGUUUGCAGAACCUUACAGCCAGUCUCGGCCAGCGGGGAGCUCACUUCUUUCAGCUUUUCUGAGGUUGCAAAGUCCACCGUCAUCAUGUCUGACACCGAGGAAGUUGGUCAGGAGGAAUACGAUGCCAUACAAGAGGAAGUAGUAGAGGAAGUAGAGGUGGCCCCCGAGGCGGCCCCUGAGCCAGAGCCAGAGCCAGAACCAGAACCAGAACCAGUGGUAGAACCAGAGCCAGAACCAGAACCAGAACCAGAACAAGAGCCUGAGUAUGAAGAGGCCUUGGGAGGAGAAGAGGAGAAGCCAAAGUUCAAGCCCAGCGCCCCCAAGAUCCCCGAUGGAGAGAAAGUGGACUUUGACGAUAUCCAGAAGAAACGUCAGAACAAAGAUCUGAUGGAGCUGCAGGGUCUCAUCGAUGCUCACUUUGAGCACAGGAAGAAGGAGGAGGAAGAGCUGAUCGCCCUGAAGGACAGGAUCGAGAAGCGUCGCGCUGAGCGUGCCGAGCAGCAGAGAGUCCGCUCUGAGAAGGACAAGGAGCGUCAGGCCAGACGAGAGGAGGAGAGGCGGAUCAGGGAGGAGAGCGACAUCAAGAAGAAGCAAGAUGACGACGCAAAGAAGAAGUCGGCUCUGUCCAGCAUGGGCUCCAAUUACAGCAGCCACCUGCAGAAAGCCGAUCAGAAGAGAGGAGGAAAGAAAGAGACUGAGAGAGAGAAGAAGAAGAAGAUCCUGGCCGCCAGACGCAAGCAGCUCAACAUCGACCACCUGAACGAAGACAAGCUGAAGGAUAAGAUCACCGAGCUGCAUGAGUGGAUGACCCAGCUGGAGUCCGAGAAGUUUGACCACAUGGAAAGACUGAAGAGGCAGAAAUACGAGGUUACGACCCUGCGUAAGAGAGUGGAGGAGCUCAGUAAAUUCAGCAAGAAGGGAGCUGCCCGCCGCAGGAAGUAGACCGUCCCCACAGAGCAACGCUACGACCGAGUCGGACGCGAGCCUGACACACCGGCCGCAGGUCGUAGCUAAGAAGAAGAAGAAGCCAGUAACGCUGAGCUGGACUUCGACCCGCCCCCGAGAAACUGCUACUCGAUAGGAAAUAAAAACUAAAAAAAAGAAAAAGCUUGUUUCACCAUCACGCUUCCUCGCUCCUCAGCUGUUGGUUCUCAGAAGUUUUGUAAAUAAAGUGUGACACUUGAAGCCAUGUCUGUAGAGCUGCUGUCAUUCACAAGUCAAUAAAGUUCAGUGUCGUUUUGUUCAACACUGUUUUCUAACUACA